AUGGCCCUACUUCUGGCCUCUUUGCUGGCAUUCCUGAGCUUGGGAUCAGGAUGUCAUCAUCGGAUCUGUCACUGCUCUAACAGGGUUUUUCUCUGCCAAGAGAGCAAGGUGACAGAGAUUCCUUCUGACCUCCCGAGGAAUGCUGUUGAGCUGAGGUUUGUCCUCACCAAGCUUCGAGCCAUCCCAAAAGGUGCAUUUUCAGGAUUUGGGGACCUGGAGAGAAUAGAAAUCUCUCAGAACGACAUCUUGGAGGUGAUAGAGGCAGAUGUGUUCUCCAACCUUCCCAAGUUACAUGAAAUUAGAAUUGAAAAAGCCAACAACCUGCUCUACAUCAAUGCUGAGGCCUUCCAGAACCUUCCCAACCUUCGAUAUCUGUUAAUAUCCAACACAGGUAUUAAGCACCUUCCAGAUGUUCACAAGAUUCAUUCUCUCCAAAAGGUUAUACUAGACAUUCAAGAUAACAUAAACAUCCACGCAGUUGAAAGAAAUUCUUUCGCGGGGCUGAGUUUUGAAAGUGUGACUCUAUGGCUGAAUAAGAAUGGGAUUCAAGAAAUACAAAACUGUGCAUUCAAUGGAACCCAACUAGAUGAGCUGAAUCUAAGCAAUAACAAUAAUUUAAAAGAAUUGCCUAAUGAUGUUUUCCACGGAGCCUCUGGACCAGUCGUUCUAGAUAUUUCAAGAACAAGGAUCCAUUCCCUGCCCAGCUAUGGCUUAGAAAAUCUUAAGAAGCUGAGGGCCAGGUCGACUUACAACUUAAAAAGACUUCCUAGUCUGGAAGAGCUUGUCGCCCUCAUGGAAGCCAGCCUCACCUAUCCCAGCCAUUGCUGUGCCUUUGCAAACUGGAGACGACAAAUCUCUGAGCUUCAUCCAAUUUGCAACAAAUCUAUUUUAAGGCAAGAAGUUGAUGAUAUGACUCAGGCUAAGGGUCAGAGAGUCUCCCUGGCAGAAUACGAUGAGUCCAGUUACAGCAGAGAAUUUGACAUGAUGUACAAUGAGUUUGAUUAUGGCUUAUGCAAUGAAGUGGUUGAGGUGACCUGCUCCCCUGAGCCAGAUGCAUUCAACCCAUGUGAAGAUAUUAUGGGGUACAACAUCCUCAGAAUCCUGAUAUGGUUUAUCAGCAUCCUGGCCAUCACUGGGAACAUCAUAGUGCUGGUGAUCCUAACUACCAGCCAAUAUAAACUCACAGUCCCCCGGUUCCUCAUGUGCAACCUGGCCUUUGCUGAUCUCUGCAUCGGAAUCUACCUGCUGCUCAUUGCCUCAGUUGAUAUCCACACCAAGAGCCAAUAUCACAACUAUGCCAUUGACUGGCAAACUGGAGGAGGUUGUGAUGCUGCUGGCUUUUUCACUGUCUUUGCCAGUGAGCUGUCAGUCUACACUCUGACAGCCAUCACCUUGGAAAGAUGGUAUACCAUCACCCAUGCCAUGCAGCUGGACUGCAAGGUACAGCUCCGUCAUGCUGCCAGUGUCAUGGUGGUGGGCUGGAUCUUUGCUUUUGCAGCUGCCCUCUUUCCCAUCUUUGGCAUCAGCAGCUACAUGAAGGUGAGCAUCUGCCUGCCCAUGGAUAUCGACAGUCCUUUGUCACAAUUGUAUGUCAUGUCCCUUCUUGUGCUCAAUGUCCUGGCCUUUGUGGUCAUCUGUGGCUGCUAUACCCACAUCUACCUCACAGUGCGGAACCCCAACAUCGUGUCCUCCUCUAGUGACACCAGGAUCGCCAAGCGCAUGGCCAUGCUGAUCUUCACCGACUUUGUCUGCAUGGCACCCAUUUCUUUCUUUGCCAUUUCUGCCUCCCUCAAGGUGCCCCUCAUCACUGUGUCCAAGGCGAAGAUCCUCCUGGUCCUGUUUUACCCCGUCAACUCCUGUGCCAACCCCUUCCUCUAUGCCAUCUUUACCAAAAACUUCCGCAGAGAUUUCUUCAUUCUGCUGAGCAAGUUUGGCUGCUAUGAAAUGCAAGCCCAAAUUUAUAAGACAGAAACCUCAUCCACUGCCCACAACUCCCAUCCAAGGAAUGGCCACUGCUCUUCAGCUCCCAGAGUCACCAAUGGUUCCAGUCACAUACUUGUCCCUCUAAGUCAUUUGACCCAAAA